AAAACGGACGAGUUAUCUCAUUCUACUUUCGAUUUCAACAAAGCGGAUCCUCGGUGGAAAAUUAUCAGUAUAAUGUAACCUUUUGGAUCUUGGAGGAAAGCAUUCCAAAAUGUCUCAAGCAAGGAGCCUGCCUCAGAGCAAAGAAGCCCUUCUAAAGUCUUACAACAAAAAGUUAAAGGAUAACAUCCAGUCAAUGCUUGUCAAUUUUGAAGAGAUAAUCAAACUAGCCAGAAUGGAUGAAGAUUCUCAGAUAUCCAAGUAUACACAGACAGAGGAAGAUCAGUACGAAAUGCAGGUCCGGGCAGCCAAUAUAGUGAGAGCAGGAGAAUCUCUGAUGAAGUCUGUGUCUGAUCUGAAACAGUUUAUGAUUCUGAAUGACUUCCCCUCUGUUAAUGAGUCCAUUAUCAGGAAUGCCAAGAACUGCAAGUCUCUUCAACAGGACCUUGAUAACAAACUCACCUCCCUCAGGGACGAAAUGGCCAUCGACUUGUUUGAACUAGAGGAUGAAUAUUACUCAUCUGCCUUCAAGUGAACCUCUUAUAGAAUAUAGACAUACACAUUGUAUUUUUUAAUGGAAUUUCCAUCUGUAGUGACCCUUAAUAUGUUCAUGUAUGAUGUGUGACCAUUUGGGAGUCGAUUAAAGAUUUCAAUUUUUAAUAAAAUUGAUAUUGUAAAUAUCUUUCUAGCAAGAAUAAUUUUUUUGAACCAAAAGGCAUUUAUGUCAAAUUCAUGUCAUAGUAAAUAUAGAAUUGUUAAUUGUUAAAGCCAGGUAUGAAGUUGUCAAUGAAUUUUAUCUGAAUUUCAGUAUGUACACUGUAGAGAUGACAUGGAUUAUCAGAUUAAGUUUAAUCACUCUAGUUGAGUAAAGUUUGAUUGCAGGAAGAUGAGUUUACUAUGCUUCUUUGUACAAUGAAGCAGACUGGAAUGAUUCAAUUACAAAUAACUUAUGACACACCCCUGAAUAAUAAAUUUGAGUUUAUCAAUGGGAAGAUAAAUUUCUCUAGGAAAUUUUCUCUGUUUUGUUGUUAACUGUAAUUGUUAAAAUUAUCAUAUUUGAACCUUAUAAAUUCUAUUAUUAAUAGUCA